UCCUGAUAGGCAUGUCAUGGAUGUGUUUUCUUUGCUAGAAGCCCGGAGAUGAAGGACCUCCUCACACUGGCUUUGUUCCUGGCUUGUAGUGUGCCUACUGUACCAGGGAGCUUGCUAGAACUGAAUUCAAUGAUUGAGAAGGUGACUGGAAAGACUGCUGUGACGGACUAUGGCUUCUACGGCUGUUAUUGUGGCUUCAGCGGUCGAGGGACCCCCAAGGAUGGUACUGAUUGGUGCUGUUGGGUGCAUGACCGUUGCUAUGGGCAGCUGGAGGAGAAAGGCUGCCAAAUCUGGACACAGUCAUACAGAUACAGAUUCACACGGGACCUGGUCACCUGUGAGCUCGGAUCCCUCUGCCAGCAGCAGCUCUGCACCUGCGACCAGAAGCUCGCCUACUGCCUGAAGAGAAACCUGUGGAGCUACAACCCUCUUUACCGUUACUUUCCCAACAUCCUCUGCAUCUAGUCGCCCCCAGUGAGCUCCUCCCAGACCCAGACUUUCUCUCCCUUCUCCUACAGCACAGAGCUCACCCACUCGGCGGGUUUCCUGAGAGAGGCUCCCAGGUCUCGGACCUCAUUCUUUCUCAGUGGUCCACUGGGCUGGGAGGAGCCCCACGGCCACACUUCACACUCCAGACAGUCCCGAGAGAGUGACUCUGAAUAUAGGACUUGGUGAGGUCAGGGUCCCCAGCCUCCACUUGUGAGGUCAGCCGCUCUGGUGCCAGAGCUCGCCCCUGACUCCAGGCCAGCUGUGUCUCUCCUCGCCCCCGAUGACGGCGCCCCUUUUCCAGGAGGAAGAAUUUCCUGGGACGCAUUUACUUUUCAGUUUCUGCAGUUGGAUUGUCACUACCACCCUCUAGAGAAUUUUUACUCAAAUAGAAGCAAAAUUGACUCCAUAAUCUGCCAUAUAGAUAUUAAAUAAAAUUCAUUCUCAAGACAAAUAAAAACCACACAGGCAUUUUCCUCUGCUGUGGGGGAUGGCCUGCGCUUUUCUCUGCCACUAUGGCACUGAACCCGAAGUUAACCACCUUCUCUCAGACGGAGAAGGUGCAGAUUAGCAAAUAAAAGGUUUUCUGGGCUGA